AUGGGCCCACGAUUAAAGGUCAACACAAUUCGAUUUCCCAUAUCCGAAGACCUCAAACCCCUUCCUGACAUGUUUGAAGGGCCUUCAGAAUCUCCUGUUUUAGCAAUUGCUAGGGAUUCCCUCCUUUUAAGGAUCUUUCAUAAAUUCUACAUGUGUGUAAAUGGAACUAAUGUAAAAAAUUUUAAGGUAAUUAUAUUGUAUUUUAUGUUAAGAUUUAUAAUAAUCGGGAUUAUGAAUGA